AUGUCUCAAGAGAUUGAUAUUAAGCCCUCGACAUGGAAACUUGUCGAGGUCGGCAGAGUCGUGCUGAUCCGAAGAGGCCCAUAUGCAGACAAACUUGCUGCUAUCUCUGAGAUCAUAGAUCACAAGCGCGUCUUGGUUGAUGGUCCUUCCGGAGAUGAAGAGAAGGUCGUCCCACGCCAAUCCAUCCCUCUCGCCCAUGUCACCCUCACAUCUCUCUGCCUCGAAAAACUCCCCCGACGUGCCAGAACUGGAGCCAUGAGGAAGGCUUGGGAGAAGUCCGGCAUCGACGCCAAAUGGGCUGAGACUGGCUAUGCUAAGAAGAAGGAACAACAAGACCGACGACGCAACUUGACCGACUUCGAGCGGUUCAAGGUCAUGAGACUGAGAAAACAGGUUCGUCUUACUUUUCCAGGCUAG